ACGGAAUACACACUUACUUUCAAAUAACAGGUGCCUGUCUGGAAUGUUUUUGCAUGAAUAAACAUCCACUACAUUGAUAAAAACAUACAUUUACAACAUAAAGUUCAAAAUGGGAACGAACAACAUAGUUUCGUUAACAGAAUCACCAUCAGUGACACGCUUGAAUGAAUCGAACAUCCAUAAUGGGAUUUUAAACGGAACAGUGACCGGUCAAGAUGAUUUAAUGUUAAAAACUGAGUUGUCAAUCCAAGAUCAAGUAAUAAUAGGGGCAUGUGUGACUGUAGCGUUCUUAUCAAUUAUUGCUAUUAUUCUUAGACUUUGUAUGCCAAUGAUUCGAAAACAACAUAAAGUGAUUCAAACGGAGUGUAAAUAUACCGAACAAGUCGUUAGCAAAGAAAAACGGUAUGGACAACUGCCUUACAAAGGUUUAUCAUCAUCCAGUUCAUCACAGUCUUCAUCCUGGUCAUCUAACAGCCAACUUGAUUGGUCAGAUUCUUCAAGUAACAACACAAGAAGUACAUACUACACAUCAGAAAGUAAAAACAUGUCCCGUCCGCUAUCAAACUACAACUUCCGGGGCUCGACGUCGUCACUUCCGUUGUAUAUAUCCGAUAAUAGGUCAAUGAAAAGCAAUGCAUCAUCAUAUCUAAAGUAUAUUAAUGAAGAUCCCACGUAUAUUUUAAACAAUAAAUCACUGGAACCUUUAAAAUUAGAUGAUGUAUAUCGAGGAAGGUGGGAUGAGGAAUUUGACCCUUUACAGGUCACACCUUCAGGGUCAUUAGCCUCAUUGUCACAUCCGUCUGAAGACAGAAAUGUUCCAAGCAAUGUUCCUGACUUCUCAGCUUAUAAACAAAUUCCACAUAAUCCAUCUCUGGCAAGAGUUCAUUCAGGAUCGAAGAAAGUACAGUCAUAUCGGAUGUGAAACUGUAUGCUAGUGCUUGGAUAUAGGAUCUAUGAAAUAAUUGUGUUCAGAAACUACAAACAGACAAUUAGUGCUCAUGUAAUAGACAUUUAUUAGAAAUACAGUCCAUAUUGUACAUAUCAUCAACGCAUAUCAUUUUUUAAUUUGAGUUAUAGUUUUAUAAUAAAACAAUUUUACAUAAA